GAACCAUUCCGCUCCUCCCAUGCUAAGCUGGCUGGCUCACCGUGCGAGGGGAAACUCAUUCCUUCCCUCCACCCCUCCUCCUCGCGCUCUUGUGCAGACUCCCCGCGCGCGGCGCAGCUGAGGCGCGCGGCACUGCGGGACCCCAGCGCCGAGCCUCACGCAGGUACGUCCUAGCUCUGUCCCGGUUGCCUUUGCUGUUGCCUUGUGGAUUACUGAGGUGAUGGUGCCGUGUUUUCGUUUGGCGACGUUUGCGUGGCUUUUGCGAUGGAUUUUUUAGCUGUAUGUCGGGCCGUUUUAUGCAGCACGGGGCGAAGGAGAGAGCCGGACUCACGCGAGCAAGCAAAGCAGCGCUGACGGAUCUGACUCAUAAAAUAACGGCGCCUGAACUUGAGGCACAGGGAAAGGUGAUAUUUAAAUGUAGCUCUGCGCUGCUUUAGCCACAAUGCUGUAAAGCAGGGAAGCCCGUAUUCAUUUCACAACGGAUUUUCAAAAAUACGACACACAGCACAAUGCCCUGACAAAUUUAGAUGAAGAUCACAGUCAGUCUUGGCAACUCCAUUGCUGCUCAAACGGUCGCAGAGUAGGAUACAGUCAUUUUAACUUCCACGGCGAGUCGAUGCAAUUGGCGAAGAAGUCAAGCUCACAGGAAUUCAAGGUGCCAUCCAGCUUCAUGAACGGGUGAUGGCCUCGCCAGUGCAGCUCCAUCCCGAUCCCCGUCUUGAGAACUGCAAAUAGAGGAAGUGCUCACACACACACACUAGCACACACACACACACUUUUCCUGAACAUCUGCCACACACACACACACACACACACUGACACACACACACACAGACAGGAGCAGCAUGUAUAGCGUUGACGACCUCCUCAUAUCCCAUGGAUACAAGCUGCCCCGCAAGCACAGCCCCCCUCCCCACGCGGCCCCGCGCUCCAGGGGGGAGGGGGGCCCGCCGUACGCCUACCCCAGCCGAAGCAGCUCGGCCCUGGGCAGCCUCACCUCCGCGUCGGGCUCCACCUCCAGCAGCAGCCAGAGGGACCUGGUGCACUCGCACGGCAGAGCGGUGCUCGCCGACCCUGGGUUCUAUGACACUGCCCAGCAUCAGCAGCAUCCUCAUCAGCAUCCUCAUCAGCAGCCUCAGCAGCGCGGGCUCUACGUGCAGCCCCACAGCGGUGACCGGGGCAUGGCCUACUGGAAGAGGCGCGGCCAGGACUUCAGCGCCCUGCUGGACUACGCCGACGGCGGCCGCGUGCCCAUGGUGCCCGUCAUGCAGCCGCGGCCCGACAGCCGAGCCAUGAGCGCCCGCGAGCGCGAGCUGGCGCUGCAGCAGUGGAGGCUGGCGGCCGAGAGGAGACAGCAUGGCACGGAUGGUGGUGGAGGUGGUGGAGGUGGAGGUGGAGGAGUUGGUACGGAGAGGUGGGCACAGCCCCAGCAACCACCCUCGCAGCAUCAGCAUCACCAUCCACAUCAUCAGCAGCAAUUGAAUGUACGUACCCAGCAGGAGCAGCCGCGUCGGCCCAGGACAGCAGAGGGCGCCGUCCCUCCCCGCAACAAAGCCAAAUCCCAGUCCCUGCCCCGCAUGGCCCUCUCCGCGGGCCCCCUGCCAGGCAGGGUGUGCCUGAGCGCCGGCCCCUCCAGCCUGCAGCUGCACGAGGGGGGAGUGUGGAUGAGCACCGCGGCCGCCCAGGCGAGAGGAGUGCGGCAGAGCAGACCCCCCCGGCCGCCCUCGUACGAGGUCCACCAGCAGACGCGGGCCAACGCCGAGGGCUCCAUGUCCCGGGCGCCGUCCAGGCAGUCGGACUACUGCCACUCGGAGCCCCCGGGAUACAUGCCGCCUCCGUCGUACAGGAGGCAGCCCAUCAUGGGCGGGGCGCACGGCUACCGGGAGCUGCUGGCUAGCUACAUGUACCGGCAUGAUCCGUACCAGCAGGCACUACCAUUGUCGGAGGGCGUGCAGUGGUACGCGCGGCAAGCAGGCGGCACCACGUGGCCCGAUCACCACCACCACUCGGACGGGCGCCGGAGCGCGCCGUGCAGGCCCGUUUUCCCCGUCUACUCGGACGACGGCCGCGGCGUGGUGCAGUACAUCCCGUUCGACGACCCUCGCGUCCGGCAUAUCUCCGGCGGCCUGCUCACGGACGCCGACAAGAUCCGGAACAUCCAGAACUCUGAGAUUCCCGGCAUCACCGUGCAGUCGGAGCAGUCGCCGGACGACAGUGCCUUCCUGUCCCCGCAGGAGUCCUUGGACAGCUCCGUGGACGUCGGUCCCAUGGCGCUGCCACCGUCGUCGUCGACCCCGGUCGGCCAGUGGCCCAGUUACCCCGACAACCUCAGCUCCGCGCCGGACCUCAACCGUAACCCGGGGGAUCUGAACCGCAACCCGGCCAACGAUGUCAUCACCACCAUGGCGACGACCCCCGACCCUGCCAACGGCAAGCGGCAGCCGUUCAGCUCCCGACAGAGCUCCAGCUCGGACCAGGGCUUCUCUGAGACCAUCACCCAGGUCAAGAAGUUCGAGCCGGAGCCGGAUAGCAAGAAGCCGGCGCGGAGGCGGCAGAAAGAGACCAUGUUCUGCCUGGUGUCCGUCCCCAUCGCUCCGCAGCAGCAUACGCAGCAAACGCUGCCCUCGCCGCGGGACAACAACGCCGACCAGAACAACAACAACAAAGCGCCAAGCCCCACUGUGAUGUCCAUGGUGACGCUGCCUAGCAACCAAAGUUCCAUUGUCUGUAGCCAGCCGGUGAGCAUUCCGGAGCCCCAGCAGCCGCCCGGCAGCCCCUUGGGCUCCCGCAUGUCCCGGCGAGCCCCUCUCCGCAGGGAACUGGUGGACGCCUGGACCCUGCAGGCCCGCUGCUCGGGCUCCUGGCCCGGGGACCAGUACCGGAACCAGCAGACCCAAACCGGCUCGCCGGAGAUCACUCGAGCGGCUCCCCCUCCAUCCCUGCCUGUGUCUUCCUCCUCUCAGCAGCAGCCGGCAGCAGCCCAGCCCGAGGCGCCGUCCUCGGACAGCACCACUGACAGUGGGCUGGGCAACGACUGCUGCGGGUCCUACGGGCUUCCCAUGAAGGGCCAGAGGAGCAUUAGCCCGUCCAGCACCAGCGCCUUCUCUCGGACCUCCCAACCGGGCGGCCAACCGAGUCAACCUGUUCCCAGCCCAGCCCAGCUGCGCUCCCCGCCCAAAACGCCUCCGGCCCCCUCGCCACGUCGCAGCAACAUCGCCGCUGCCACUCCCCAGCCGACGACGCCCACCUCCCCGCGAACAGACGAGCCCCAGGAGGUGUUUGGGCAGUUCCUGCUCAAGCCUGUAGGGCGGCGCCCUUGGGACGCCAUCGGACAGCUGGAGUCCUUUAACAAUGAGAGUCAGAUAAUCCAAGAACCGUCAGCAGCAGCUGCACAGCGGAAAAAUCCGGAACCGAGCCCCACGCGAUCGACAGAACCUCUGGCCACGGCUGACGAGUACAGAGACGAUGCCGACAAAAUGGACAUCAGCCCUAUCGUGGACGAAUGGGGCCUCUCGGAGCUCGUGCCCCUCUACAGACGAACGACGCGGGUCUCCCCCUGCUGGUCGGAGGACCAAACAGCAGGGAACAGAUUGCAGAGUGAGGAGCUGAACGGCAGGCAGGAGACCUCCAGACACCUCCGGGUGGAGCAGCAGCAGCACCACCACCACCACAGGGCAGCGCCAGACAGGCAAGGCAUCCCCGUGCCUCAGGAGUCACUAAUGAGGAACGUGGGACUCACCGUUUAUACUCCCGAUCCCCACAGGGGGGCGCCAGAACAGCAGUGCUACUCAUCUCUCCCCCCAUUGACAGACACUCGUCCAGCCAGAGACCCUCCAUCAUCUGUCAUCUUCAAUUCACACUCCCAUUCACAGUCUCAUUACCACACCAUGCACCAGGCUUCAGGGGUGCCUAACACUGACAGCAGUAGGGACGUUGACACCACCAACACCACCACCAACAACAACACCACCACUAUCCCCAACCCCCCUUACCCUGUCCCAGACAGGUCCGUACCUCCGCCCGUGGCCAUAAGGCGGCACCGGUUCCGGUUCAGCUCGACGGACGGCCCGGCGGCGUUCCUGACGGCCAGCCUGCCCACCUUCUCCCCAGAGGAGCUGGACGAUGAGGAGGACGAGGUGCUGGGGGCUCUGCUGAGCAGGGUGAAGCGCCAACGGCCACCCAGCGAAGACCUCACACCACUCUACCAGGUGCAGAGUGCCAGCGGCAUCCCCCAGAACGAGUCAAUAGAGGAGCGUGCCGCCAGAAUCCUGGGCAUCUCGGUGCCUGCCGCCUCCCUGGUAAAGAAAAGGGGUGUGGAAGGAGGAGGUGGGCAGAAGGUGUUUGGGGAGCCGGCGCCAUCGUUACCAGCCAAUCAGGAAGCGGGAGAGUCUACGGCAGCAGCUGAAGUCCAGUUGAAGUCUACCUGCGUAAGUGGGGGAGAGCCUGGUAUGCCUCAGCCCAGUGAAACUGAGCCAGAGUUAGUCAGUGCCGACAUAGCAGAUGGUGCAGGGAAAGUAGAUGAAUUGGGAGAGAGGAGAACAAACGAGGAGGAGGCAGAGGUGACACAAACUAAAGUAAAGGAGGAAGAAGAGGAGGAAAAUACAAAAGAAGAAGAAAUCGGGUCUCUGAAGGAAACCGAAAUCCCCGGGGAGACGACAGAGGAAGGGGAGGCGGCGACGCACGUGUCAGAGGGAGAAAGCGAAACAUCGCUCCACACACAACACAAAUCGGAGCUAAGUGAUGAAGGAGGAGAGUCGCUAGUAGCAGCCGUGACAGCAACACAGACGGAACAAGAGGAUGACACUCUGGCGACAAGGCAGACGGAGACAGCUGUCAGCGCGCAGACACCCGUCAGCGUAGGAGAAGAAGAAGAAGAGGAGUCAGCCCAGGUGUCAGUCAGCCCUGACGCGGAUGGAGACGGAGCGGGAGAGGAGGAAAACCUGGCACUUGAUGGAUGUGACAUCACAGAGAAAGAGGCAGCACCACCAACAGCAGCAGCAACAGAACCAAGUGAGCCAGGGACAUCGGAACGUGUAGAGAGAUCGAGAAACGUCGAGAUUUCAGGAAAAGCAGUGAUUUCAGGAAGCGUGGAGAUUUCAGGAACUGUGGAAGUAUCAGGAAGCCCAGACGACGAGGGAGAGGAGGCUGUGGAGAUGGCCGAGGAGGUGCAGCCAGAAGAAAAAGAAGAAGAAGAGGAGGAGGUGCGAGAUGAACUCCAGCACGAGCAGGAGCUACAAGAGGAGGUGGUAGAGGAGGAGGAGGUCAGGCAGGUCAGCACAGAACUCGGGGAGCUCCAACUGGCCGUCAGUCGAGGAGGAGCAGGAGAGGAGGAGGAGGAGGAGAGGUAUCGUCAUCAGAGGAGGAGAGGAGGAGAGGAGGGGGAGGAGGUGUUGUCGGACAGCCCGGACAGCUACAUCGCCAUAGCAACCCUGGAGAUGCCCGAGAUCCUAUCCAUCAUGGAGGAGGAGGAGGACGACGAAGAGGACACGGGACUGGGGCUCUACAGCAGGAGGAGAACCUGCCUGGAGGAGGAGGAGGAGCAGAGAGGAGGAGGAGGAGGAGGAGGAGGGAAUGUGGAGGAGGUGGAGAGGUCCUCUUCGACGUCGGCAUACACGCAGUCUUACCUCACGCUCGGCCAUGCAGGGAGAGAGGAGGAAGAGGAGGAGGAGGAGGUGGUGGAGGAGGAGAAAGUGCAAACAACAGAGAGUGUUGAGGAGGUGCUCAUGGAAACCGCACAGAGAGGAGGAGAAGAAGAGGAGGUGACAGUAAAAGACAAAGAUGAAGAAGCGAUAGAGGAGGCGAAAGCAAUAACGGAGGAGAGACAAAUCAAGGAGGAGGAGACGAGAGAUGAUGAAAGUCUAUUGAAUCAGGAGACCAAGGAAGAGGAGGAGACGGAAAGAGAGUCGUGUACGGGACAGCAAGAAGGAGGAGGAGAGGAGGAGGAGGAGUGUGAGGACGGAGGAGUGGUGAGGAGUAAGCCCCGGUGGGCUGCGGAAGAGAGGCCUUGUCCAGGGGUGCAGCGGCCGACACCCCUCCCCCGCAACACGGUGGUCAAGCGGGAGAUACGCCUUCCCCUGGCUGCCCUGGAGGAUGCAGACACAUACACAACCUCAGAUUCUUACGAUCCCAGUCGAGUGGAGAGGGUGUAACCAUGGCGACUGACUGACUCGGACUUCCUCUUCGUCACUGUGAUCCCCCUCCACCCAACAUCCAACCCCCCCCGACCUUACCCUUCGACCAACAACCCCGACACCCAACGCGGACCCACACCCUCCAAAACAACGCUUUGAAACGACCAGCAACAUUCAUCUCUCCCUGUCAUCGCCUUUUGUGUGUGUGCGUGUAUGCGGGCGUGCGUGUGAGCAAUGGGCAUGCAUGCGUGUGGGCAUGGAUGUGUGUGUGUGUGUGUGUGUGUGUGUGUGUGUGUGUGUGUGUGUGUGUGUGUGUGUGUGUGUGUGUGUGUGUGUGUUUACUGUAUGUGUGUGUGUCUCUGUGUGUGUGUAUGAAGUAAAGUGAAGGAAAUAAUAUUUUUGAAUGUAUGGCAGACAUAGUUAUGUAACUUCCCCUGUAGAACAUAUCAGUUGGAGAGAUUUUUUUGCCUUUGUCAUUUCCAUGCCGUCAGAAGGAGAAUGUGUGUGUGCGUGUGUGUGUGUGCGUAUGUGUGUGUGUGAGUGUGUGUGUGUGUGUGUGUGUGUGUGUGUGUGUGUGUGUGUGUGUGUGUGUGUGUGUGUGUGUGUGUGUGUGUGUGUGUGUGUGUGUGUGUGUGUGUGUGUGUGUGUGUGUGUGUGUGUCUGUGUGUGUCUGUGUGUGUGUGUGUGCAGUAGACAUGGGCCACAUGUGAUGUACAGUCUUAGAGGUUUUAAUGGCUUUCACAGGCACAGUGACGUGGUGCACAUAAACACCCUGUAUUGUACUUCACUGUACUGAAGUGGACUGUACUGUACUGUGUUGAGCACAACACAUUUUUCUUGGGCGUUAACUGCAAUAAUGCACACACACACACACACACACACACACACAACUCUCCAGAGCAAUACACAACACAAGCACGUGCACGCGCACACAAACUCCAACACACACUUUAUCGCACACGGACUCAUAUCCUUGGAACGCAUGCAUGCGUGCACACACACACACACACACACACACACACACACACACACACACACACACACAGACACACACACGCACACACAAACACGCACACACACACACACACAAUCUGCUUACUGUAACUCCAUGUCCACCAAAUACCUAGCUUUUCCUGCAUAGCAAUACAAAACUGUGGCAACACUCCCAACAUAAUAUAUGGUGCCAUACAAUGACUAUAUACAGUAUAUUUUAUAUUCUAAUUUUUUUAAAUUUAAUUUGUCCUCCCUGUUGAAAUUGCGCUCUGUGUGCUGAGCGAAAGAUCCGUGAGCUAUCUGCUUAUUUUUGUAUUCUUUAAUAUUCUUUAUUUGCUCUCCUUGUUGAAGUUGUGCUCUGUGCUUGACUUAAGCCCUGUGCGCUGAUCCAUAAGCUAUCUGCUCAAGAUGUAUUUCUUUUUAUUUGCCCUCUCUGUUGACAUUGAGCUCUCUGCUGAGUUAAAUAUCUGUGGGCUAUCUGCUUUGGAUAUACAUACUCUCAUUUGUCCUCCCUGUUGGAGUUGAGGUCUCUGUUGAGUUCCAGAUCUGUGAGCUGUCUGCUUUGGAUAUACAUGCUUUUCCCUCCCUGUUGCAAAUUGAAGAGUUUCGUUGAAAAAUGACAUAAGGGCCAAUUUUUGCAUUUUAUUAUAGGAAAUGACUGUUCAGAUGCCCUAUCAUUUAUGUGUGAGUUCUUGCCAUUCAAAUAUUUUGAGAACAUACUUUUUAACCCUGAAUAAAAUGCAUUUUGCAAUGCAAUGCAAUGCAAUGCAAGGCCCAAUACAAAGAAAAGUAAAAAAUUUUUUUUAAAUGUUCCAAAAUGGAUGGACUUUCUUUUGGUCUAGUAAACGCACUUCGGGAAAAAAACGUUGGUCUCAUUAAAAAAAUAUUGCAUGAAGUUCUGAGUGUGCAACGACAAUUGCUUUUCCAAAAUGGAUAUACAGUACGUCACUUUGCCACGAAGCUCCUCAAUUGCACGUGCUCCAAGUGCUGAGUUACAGUUAAGAUCCGUGAGCUGCUGGAUCUGUUCAGGUGCUAAAGCCUGUAGUAAUGGCCCAUCAUCACCCGGCCCUUCAUCACUCCUGCCACGUAUUACCACCCAUUAGGAGCUUCCGACUCACACAAGGUGAUGAAAUUCAAAGCAAUACACACACACACACACACGUGCACACACACGUGCACACACACUUACACAUACACACAAACUGUACACAAAC